AUAACCGAGUGUAAUGUUAGGAGCAAAUCAGCAAAAACCUUACUCUGAGGAGUCAAGAAUAUAAAGCGCGGGCAUAAGUUUAAAUUUUUAUUUCUGUAUUACAUAAUAGACUCAACUUUGUCAGACUACAAGCCAGUGGUCGUAGUGGACGAUAGAAUCAGUGAACUUUUACCUUCUUUGUGGAAAUUUCGUUGGCUCGGCAGCAAAAUAUAUUUACACGUAUUUAAUUUUUUUGUAUUUUAUUGUUAAGUGUUGAGUGAAUGUCACAGUGACGGCGUGUCUUUCAUCUUGCCUAAAUGUCGAAAAUAAUAAGAAAAAUUAUUAGCACUAAAGCUGCCCCCAAGCCAGUGGCUCCAUACAGCCAGGCGGUUCAGGUGGGCCACACCCUGUAUCUGUCCGGCGUGGUCGGGAAUGACAAGGACUCUGCGAAACUAGUGAGUGGCGGCGUGGUACAAGAGACGAAGCAGGCUUUUGAGAACUUGGGCAAGUUGCUGGAAGCUGGCGGCAGCAGUUUUGCCAAUGUUGUGAAAACUACUGUUCUUCUGAAGGAUAUCAACAACUUUAAGGCUGUGAAUGAUAUAUACCAGGAACAUUUUAAGGAACCUUACCCAGCUCGUGUUGCAUACCAAGUUGGAAAGCUACCUCUGGAUGCUGAAAUUGAGAUUGAUGCAGUGGCUGUAACUGGGGAGUUGGAGACAACAUACGUAAAUGUUUGACCACUUCAUGCGUCAGAUUGGGCGUUACUAAUACGUUCCAAGAGAUGUUAUUGUUUUAUUUACGAUUUCAUGCUGGGCAAUAUAUAUUUUUUUUAAAUUCCAUUAGAAUGUAAUGUAAGACAAUGAAAUAAAUAUGUUUGCACUUUA